GGGGCGGGCGGGCAGGCCACAAAGGGGACGGGGAUACAAGCUCUAUGUAUCCACGGCGAUCAACUCGCCUGGCAUGGGACGAGAGUCGGCGAGCUUGUUAUUACAGGCGGGCAUGUGCGACCCGUGUCCCCCGAACCGAACCGAACCAAACCGCCCGUCGCUUUUACAGGAGUCGACUUGUAUUAUGCAGUGCCUGGACAGACGGACGCGGUCCUCGAGAUCGUCGGCUAUUCAUACCGCCUUUUGCGGGCGGAAAAGGGCAACGGCAGCACCUGCUGACGUGCCACGUUGGCACUUGCUCUCCGGAACGAAUAGCAUCCAUGGAUACAUCCAUGGAUCGCACCGUCGAUGCCCGGAUGGCCCGCGGGCCAGCAGACGUCCAGAAGGUCGGGCGCUGGGCGGGGGGGCGCCUCCCGCCUCCAGCUGGAAGCUGCCCGCCAUGGAAACCACUGGGCCCGGCUACUAGUGGACUGCUACUAGUAGUACGUACGACCUGGAGUGGGGGCUCGGCGGGCACGAUUUGACCGGCGAUCAUACCACGGCAGCGCCCAAUCCCAACACGGCAGCAAUUUAAAGAGGCACCCCCGGACCUCUUUGGCCAGCAACCCCAGACGGUCAUCGCAGCUCCUCGUCACUCCCGUCACGAAAACCUUGCUCCGAGCGAGCAGCCAACGGCCCGUCUUGCGGAACCACGACCCGCUGCAUCUCCGAGGCCCGCGCAGACGACAUGGGCUCUUCUUGAGGACGACUGCGUCUCGCAAAACAAGUGCCCAUCCGUGAUCUCACGGCAGAGCGCGCAACAUGGCUACAGUACGCGUCUGCGUCUGCGGCGACGAGAGCACUGGCAAGUCGAGCCUGAUAGCGUCUCUCGUCAAGGACCAGUUCAUGAGCAAUAAGAUCCAGCCGGUGCUGCCCCAGAUCACGAUCCCGCCCAGCAUCGGCACGCCCGAGAAUGUCACAACGACGAUUGUCGAUACGUCUGCCCGCCCCCAAGACCGCACCACGCUGCGAAAGGAGAUACGGAAGUGCAACGUCAUCCUGCUCGUAUAUGCGGACCACUACAGCUACGAGCGCGUUGCCCUAUUUUGGAUGCCCUACUUCCGUUCCCUUGGCGUCAAUGUCCCCGUCGUCUUGUGUGCCAACAAGUCCGACCUUGCCGGGCAGGGAAAUACCCCGCAGGUCGUCGAGGAAGAGAUGCUCCCCGUCAUGGCCGAGUUCCGAGAGAUCGAUUCGUGCAUCCGCACCAGCGCCCGCGAGCACAAGAACGUCAACGAGGUUUUCUUUCUGUGCCAGAAGGCGGUGACGCAUCCGAUUGCGCCUCUGUUUGACUACAAGGAAGGCCACCUCAAGCCCGCUUGUGUCGCCGCGCUGAAACGUGUCUUCUUCCUUUGCGACAAGGACCAGGACGGCUAUCUCAACGAUCAGGAGAUGCGUGAUUUCCAGUCCCGCUGCUUCGACAAGCCUCUGACAAACGAUGACCUCGACAAUAUCAAACUUUCUAUCUCCAAGUCUCUGCCGAACGGUAGCAUGGACAGGGGCAUCGACCAGGCCGGCUUCCUGCAGUUGAAUAAGAUAUAUGCGGAGAAGGGCCGGCACGAGACGAUAUGGAUCAUCCUCCGGAAAUACCACUACACAGACAGCUUGAGUCUGGAGGACAAGUUCCUCCACCCAAAGUUCGAGGUUCCUGAGUUCUCAUCUGCGGAGCUCAGCCCAGCAGGGUAUCGCUUCUUUGUCGACAUGUUUCUCUUGUUUGACAAGGACAACGAUGGAGGCCUCAACGAUGACGAGUUGGAGGCCUUGUUCUCGCCAACUCCAGGCCUGCCAGCUUCGUGGAUUGACUUAUCGUUCCCUUCCUCGACCGUCCGCAACGAGGCUGGCUAUAUUACCUUGCAAGGUUGGCUAGCGCAGUGGAGCAUGACGACGUUCCUCGAACCGAAGACUACGAUAGAGUACCUUGCCUACCUUGGGUUCGAGCCACCAAAUCCCAAAGACUCUAUCACUGCGGCCCUAAAAAUCACAAAGUCUCGCAAGAGGAGAAGGCGGCCCGGUCGCGUGGAACGGAACGUUGUUCUGUGCUACCUGGUCGGUGCUCCGGGGGCUGGAAAGUCUUCACUUCUCGAUGCGUUUCUCAAUCGGCCCUUUGACGGGCUGUACCAUCCGACAAUCAAGCCCCGUCGCGCCGUCAACAGCGUCGAGCUCCCCGGCGGCAAGCAGGUAUAUCUCAUUUUUGAAGAGCUGGGUGAGCACGAGUCAGCGGUCCUCGAGAAUCAAUGCCGACUGGAGUCGUGCGAUCUGAUUUGCUAUGCAUACGACUCGUCCGAUCCAGACUCGUUCUCUCACAUUGUGGACAUGCGAACCAAGCACCCCCAUCUUGACGAUCUACCAUCAGUGUACACGGCGCUCAAGGCGGACAAGGACAAGACAACGCAGCGCAGCGAGCUCCAACCCGACCAAUACGCUGCUUCUCUCAGCAUGAACCAUCCGCUACACGUCAGUGUCACCUGGAACAGCAUCAGCGAGCUCUUCGUCGCUCUCGCCGAGACAGCGACGAACCCUAGCCUCGGCUUCCCCAAGACUGAGGAAGAGACCCCCGACCGCACAAGCCUGUACAUGGCGCUUGGGGCGACGGCAUGCGCCGCCAUCGCAGCCGUCAUGAUUUGGCGGCGAUCCACCAACGCCGCCUGAAGACCGAAAUAGCCUUUCAACCUCCUCCACUCCUCUCGAGAAUGACCCUUGCUUGCCUCUUUACUGAACUCUCACGGUCCACGGGCUAUCCUCUCUUUAUUAAUCGGCCGCGCUUGUCUUAUCUCGUUACGAAUGUCAUGUGUUCAGCUCGUGGUAGGGACGGGGGGCUGGUUCAAGUGCUCGCAUGGGAUGGAGUUGUUGUCCGCCUUUUAUGAUACCCAACUCCCCGGCCAACUUGCCGCGUCGUUCAGUAUAGCGCAAAUGUAAUAACGGCUAGGCUAGCGAAGACCUUUCAGAAUUCAGUUCUUGGAAAUUGACC